AUGCUAUUUAUCAUUCAGAAUUUUAAAAAAAUCCAAAACCAGUUUCUAAUUAAUUCUUUAAUAAUGUUUGAUCUUUACAACGCAUUACACACAAUGCCCUCACUCCCCGUUUUAAAUUGGAGGCAAAAUAUCCAAUUUUAUUAUUUUAACUCCCCUUAAAUUGGAACAAAAAAUUUUUCAAUAAUACAAUUUUAUAGAUAAAAAUAGUAUUUUUAUAAAAUUAGUUAUGACCUAAUUUGACGGGAAGGGUUAGUGUAUAGUAUUAUUUAAAGAGUUAUCAGACCAAAUCGAUUUUUUUUAAUUAAUUCUUAUUAAAAUUAAAAAAUAUUUGUUCAAUUUAUAUUUUUUAAUUUUUUUAAAAAAUUGUUUUAUAGAGAAUUUAAUAUAAUUUUUUUUUUAAAAUAGCACUUUUUAAAAAUGAAACGGAUUUUUUGUUUCCAAUUUAAAGGGAAGAGUCAGGUGAGCAUCUUACUGCACGGAAAGCCACUAAGAUGAGAUUUAUUCAAUUAGAAUCAGAACAGUUGAGAUCCUAUGUUGAAGACCUGGAAUCCUCCCUUUCAAUUUACAAACAAAUGCUCAAAGAAUUGAUGUUUUCCAAGCAGGGCCCAGAGAAAAGUGUUUGCGAUGAGACUGAAACCCAAACAGUUGUUUCUCCAAGGGUUAUUGAAACACUUAUAUCUGAAAAAAGAGCUUUAGAAGAAAGAGUCAGAAGAAUCACAAUUGAAAAAAAUGAUGCGGUUCAUAAAGCAAGAAUCAGUGAACAAAAUGCAUUUUCUGCCCAAGUCAGAGAAGAAAAAAUUGUAGAUGAAUAUGAAAUUCAGUAUAGUGAAUUACUAGCAGAUUCAGAAGCAAAAGAAUUGCAAAUAGCGGAGCUAGAAAAAAGGAACAAGGAGUUAGAAAAAGAUGUUGAGCAGUUUAAUAUUAAUAAGGAAAAUCAACUUUCCAUUGGAGAUCAAAAAUGUUUACUUUACAAGAAGAUUGUCAUCAUGGGAAGUAUUGUGAAAAAAAUAAAAGAGAGAUAUAUAAAAGCAAGCAAGGAAAAUGAAGACUUAGCAAGCCAGUGCAAGCUGCUAUUCAUUGAUUAUAGCAAAGGAAAUGAGCUCUUAAGAGAGCAGCAAAGAGAAAUGAGUAUAUCAGAAAUCAUUGGAGGCCCAAAUAGAGAAAUCACCUUUACUGAAUUUUUUGGCAGUAAAAGUGAAAGUCACAUUGCUUCCAAUUUGAACUUUGAAAAAUUUGAAAAAGAAUUAAAAGGUUUGGAGAAGGUAAGCAAUGACAACUCACCAUCCAAAAAAAGAAUAAUAGAACUUCAGAAUAAAAUUGCUAGCUCCCCCCUCUGUGAGCGAAAAAAAAAUUUGUUCCCUCACAGAGGGGGUUAAUUUUUUUUUACUAACUUUUAUAAUAAUUAUAUUUUUUAAAAAUCCAUUUUGAUAAAUUUAAUUUACAAAAUUUGUGUUUUAAAAUUCAAAAGAAUUGCUAGAGAUUUCAUUAACUAAUUAUCAAUUAUAUAUACAAAAUUUUUUUUCAUAAGAAAUUUUGUUCGCUCAAGGAGGGUGGGUUUUCACCAAAAACAUAGGGAUUAUUCCAUGGUUUUUGCCCGCCAAUGGGGGAGUAAGCUUCAAGAUCAAAAAGACGAAUACACUGUAAAAAUAAACACAAUUUCUCAAGAAGUCAACAAAGCAAAAAGACUUCAGUCAGUGUUGUUGCAUGACCAGCAAAAUAUCCAAAAGUCAAUUGAUAAGAGCAAAACAAUAGAGCAGUCCUUGGAUAAUCAAUUGAAGCAGCUUACUGUCCCUCGCUCAUCUAUCCAACCAAAACCUAACAACGAAGCUAAAAGGCUGAUAAGGCAUUGCUAUGCAGCAUCGAAUCCGUUGGAUUACGCAAAAAUAAACGGAGCUUUACAAUCAGUAAAUGAUGUAGAAUCGCCUCACUUCUCACUUGGUUCGCAAGCAAAAUUUUUUUUCUGUUAUAUAAGAGAUUUAUUUUUUAAAAAUUACUUUAAAUUAAAAUCAUAAAAUAUGUAAGAUGUUUAAAAUUUAAUAUAAUUAAUAGGAGUCCUCAUUAUUAUAAUUAUUAAUUUAUAAAAAUUUAGCUCGCUAAUAAGGUUAAUUUCCCAAAAAUUGGAAUAUUUUCAAUGGUUUGUGUGCGCUAAUCAAGGGAGUCAGUUUUUUACUCAAAAUUUAGAUGAGUGUGAACAAAAUGAGGUUUCUGUCAUCCAAAGUAAAUACGUUGAAGAUGAAAUGCUAGGCGAUAGCGUCAUUCUUGAUUUCUUGAAGUUGUAA